AGUUGGUAUUAGAUUAAUUUAGAAUUUAUAUGAUAUAAGUCUGGUUUUGAAUAAUAUAAAAAAUUCUUGACCUUUUUAUGUUCUAUAAAAUGUUGCAGAAGAGCAAUUCGACUUUUCGUUGAUUAUCUGAUUAACUCAUUAACUUAAGUCUUAACUAAGACAACUUUAACUUCACUUCAGACAGUUCAGUCAGAAACAGAGAAAAAAGUGAGCGAUUAUCAAUACAGGAUUUUGCCGAUUUCAACAUUGGAUACUGAUUGACAGCAUCUUUUAAGAUUGAUAUCAAGAAGAUGGCAGACUCAGAAGCAUUAUUAAAAGCCAAAAUUCAUUACUACUGCCGAGAAAAGUUUUUUCAUGCCAUGCAAAAUGCAGCUGUAGAAGGGCUGAAAAAAUUUACUGGAGACCCUGUUUACAGGUUCUACUUUGGUAUUUCUCUUGUACUGGAAGGCAGAGUUCAAGAAGGAAUAAGAGAACUUGACUCUGUUCAAGAUAGUAGGGAUGUGAUGGUUGGAAGUUUAUUGGCUUUGGUAUAUGCACAUAGGAAAUGUAAAGUUGUAGAUCGGGAAGCAGUUUCUCAACUUGACAUCAAACUGAAAGAAAAACGCAAACAAGCAGGAGAAAUGGGUCUUUAUUAUGGAGGUGUGUUUCUCUUCUUUACUGCUCGGUAUGAUAAAGCUAAGGAAUACAUUGAUCGAAUGUUAAAAAUUUCUCCAUCAUCAAAAGAGGGAUUAGUGUUGAAAGGUUGGCUUGAAGUGAUGGCAUCUAAAGGCUCUCCUGGGAAACAUAUUUUACAAUUAUUUGAAGCAGCAGGAAACAUGGAUAUUGAUGCAGUAUUUGGGAAAGCCAAGUUUUAUGAAAAGAAUGGAAGUUAUAUUUUAGCCUUGGAGCUGUUAGGUCAAGCUGUGGCACGAAUGCAGGGAUUCACUCCAGCUUUAAUAGAGAAAAUGAAAAUGCAGUUGGCUCUAGGAGAUUGGGAUCAGACAUUAGACUCUGCCCAUAGAGCUUUGAGUCAAGAACGUCAGUGCCUUGAAGCUCAGAGGUUUUUGAUCCUUCAUGCCAUAUGUCGAGAAGGAAAUUACAGCCAAGCUGCAAGUCAGUUAACAGACCUCAUUGCAGCAAUGGAUAAGAAUGAACCUAAGAAUUCUAUCCUCUUUUAUGAAACUGCUCAGCUGUUUGCCAGAACUUGUGGCCGUAACAAACUGGUGCUGCAACACAGCUACAGCCUAGCAGAAAGGGCAGCCAACAAUGAUCCGUCUAAUGCUGACUGUGCCACGGAACUCGGUUAUCAAUGCCUGCUGCAAGGAAAAGUCAAAGAUGCUUUGAAGUUCUAUCGUAAUGCCACCAACUUGGACGAAGGCAGCGUUAGUGCCUUGUUAGGAGUGAUAUUUUGUCAGCUGAUAGAAGGACAACUCGAAGUUGCUGGCCAGCAGAUUGAGUUGUUAAAAGAAAUUCAAAAGUCAACUGGCAUGACCUCGGAACUUUCAUUUUUAAGUGGUAUGCUGGCUCAGAAACAGGGGAAGAGGACAGAUGAAGUGCUGGGUUAUCUGAAUGAAAGUGUUGAUCUACAUUUUUCAGCACUUGAGAGUCUACCACUAGGCCUGACUUAUUUCCUCUAUCUAAACCCAGACUUUCUUCUGCUUAUAGUCAAGUUGUAUAUGCAUUAUGUGCCAGACCAGCCUGUAACCGUAGGCCAGCCUCAACCUCCAGCAUUGAAAAGAGGCCUUACAAUUCUUCAACCUGUUACUAAAGCUUGUUCUGGUCUGUUGGAAGCUUCAUAUCUCACAGCAAAGCUGAAAUACUUGGCUGGUGACUCUUCAGCUGCCCAGGGAAUCCUUCAGAAGUGUUUGGAGCAUGAUGCUGCCUUUUCUGAUGGAAGGCUUCUCUUAGCUCAGAUUUUUCUCCAUCAAGGCAACCAUCAGAGUGCUAACCAGGCCUUAGAAGUAGCACUUAGCUACAGUUUUGAGGUUCGAGAGAGGCCUCUAUUUCAUCUCAUAAAAGCUAAAAUUCAAAAGAAACAAGGCCAUUUUGAGGAAGCAGCAAAAACGUUACUAGCAGCUAUGACAAUUGCAGGUUUAAGACCAUCGAGUGCAUCAAGCAGGAAACCUAAGCAUCAUAUUAGUACCAGUGAUAAAGUGUCACUGUUUCUGGAACUGGCAGAUACCUAUCGUCAAUUAGACCAACAGCAUGAAGCAGCCAAAAUAAUGCAAGAUGCCAUAAAUGAGUUUCAAGGAACACCGGAAGCAAUAAGAAUCACAGUUGCAAAUGCCGAUCUGUCCCUUGCACGAGGAGACGUAGAACAGGCACUUGGAAUCCUCAGAAAUGUAGAACCUGAGCAGCCUUACUAUCUUCAGGCAAGAGAAAAGAUGGCAAAUAUUUAUCUACACCACCGGAAUGAUCGCCGUUUGUAUGCCAGCUGUUACAGAGAGGUGGUAGACAAAGUCCCGACACCACAAUCUUAUCUUUUGCUGGGAGAUGCAUACAUGAACAUUCAAGAGCCAGACAGAGCUAUUGAAGUCUAUGAGCAGGCUCUCAAGAAAAAUCCUAGGGACAGCAUGCUAGCUAGGAAGAUUGGUCAGGCAUAUGUGAAAACACAUCAUUAUGAUAAAGCAGUAACAUAUUAUAAAGCUGCUAUCAAGACAGGGGGACAGAGUGUAUUACGGUAUGAUUUGGCUCGUCUUCUGUUUAGAAUGAGGCGAUACCGAGAUGCUGAAGAUGUUAUUCAAGGAGCCCUUGAAGGAGAAAGACAUGGUAAUGAUUUAAUGUGGCUUCAAUGGGAAGGAAAGUUUUUAUUACUGCUGUCCCAAGUCUACUUGUACACAGACAAAAAAGACCGAGCCAUAGAAACUCUUCAACGUGCUCGUGAGGUUCAGGCAAGGGUAAUGAGAAGAAUAACGGUAGAGCAACCUGAUGUAGCAGAAGAACAGAAAAAAAUUGCAGUCAGCAUUUGUAAACAGCUAGCAGAGCAAGCACUAUACAAGAGGGAUUUCUCUCAGGCAGGCCAGUAUUACAAAGAAGCUUUGAAUUAUGAUGAAAACAACAGCGAGCUGCUUUUAGCACUGGCCAAGCUGGAAAUGAGUAUUAACAACUUGGAUGCAGCUCGACAAUAUUGUACUUUGGUUCUGAAGAAUGACAAAGAGAAUGAUGCUGCUACACUGAUGAUGGCUGACUUGAUGUUUAGAAAAACUGAUUUAGAGUCAGCCAUGUUCCACUUCCAACAGCUUUUAGACAGAAAACCAGACUAUUUUCCUGCUCUGGCCAGAUUGAUUGAGGCCACGCGUAGACUCGGCAAACUGGAUGAUUUACCAGCAUACUUGGAGAAAGCGGAGCAGUACUCAAACAGGUCCAGCAUGGAAGCAGGAUACCACUACUGCAAGGGUCUCUAUGAAUGGUACACGGGAAACACUAGUGGAGCUGUGAAGAGUUUUAACAAAGCUCGGAAUGACCAAGAAUGGGGAUUAAUGGCAACAUAUCACAUGAUAGAAAUUUGUGUCAAUCCAGACAAUGAAACUCUUGGAGGAGAAACAUUUGAGUCUGUGGAUUCGGGGAUCAGUGAAAGACUAGACUCUCAGGAAGCAGCAUCGAAAACAGCGGAAAAACUUUUGAAUGAAAUACGACCCAAAGUUGGAAGUGAUCUGGACUUUAGAAUCAUGAAAAAUUUUGUACUUUUGUCCAAAAAACAGAAAUCUGAUGCAGAGCUCGCUUUGAAUGACUUUAUGGAUAUUGCAGCAGACGAAAGACAUAGAGACCAAGUGGGAGCAAUUUUGGGUAUGGCUACUGCUUACAUGAUCUUAAAGCAAACACCUAAAGCUCGAAACCAGCUGAAGAGAGCUGUAAAAAAUUCAUGGAAUUUUGGGGAUGCUGAAUAUCUAGAGAGAUGUUGGUUACUUUUGUCAGAUAUCUACAUCCAGUCUGGUAAAUACAACAUGGCUGUAGAUCUAUUAAGACAGGUGUUACAACAUAACAAGUCAUGCACCAAGGCUUAUGAAUACAUGGGUUUCAUCAUGGAAAAGGAACAGAGCUACAAAGAUGCUUCUCAACAUUACGAAGUGGCUUGGAAACAGAGUAAUAAGGCAAACCCUGUCAUUGGCUACAAGCUUGCAUUUAACUACAUGAAGGCAAAACGUUACGUGGAUGCUAUCGAAAUCAGCCAUGCUGUUCUGGCUAAGUUCCCCAACUAUCCUAAGAUUCGAAAAGAUAUACUAGAAAAAUCCCGAUCAAACUUACGAGCUUAAAAUACUGAAAAUUAUUGUGAUGUAAAAAGACUCAAAUUCCUCAACGGAUUCCGUCCUGUGUAUGAAGUUAUUAUAUUGUAAAAAUCAUUUAUAAAUGUGUAAGUCAAUGUUCUAUUAUAAUUAAGGAUUGUCUAUGGUGCAAUCUUUUCAACCUUUAAAAUUAUGGAGAUUGUUUUAUUGUAGUUUUUUUUUUCCACCUAAAUCUCUGUAACUAUGAAACAUGAUCUAAUAUGUGAUAAAUGAGUUUAGCACUGUUUGAUACUGUAAUAUGACAAAAAGUACACUAGUAAGGUUUAUAAUUUCUUUUAACUUUCAAAAUAUACAUACUCGGUUUUAUGAAUGGCAUUGACUGCAAAUUAUUAUAAGUUAAACAGAUAGAACUGUCACUGAUUGAAGGAGUCAUAAGACCAGGUGAAAUGGCUUUAAACUUCACAUUAAAAGUUUUGCUUUUUAUUUUCUCCCAUGGCAACAAUUGAGUCACCUUCGUUUUAUAGCUAGUUCAGUCACCUGGAAAACAGUAUCAUUACAUAGUCGGUUUACAAACUCCCGACAUAAACCAAUCAAAUCACCAUGGCAACAAUUGAAUCACCUUCAUUUUAUAGCUAGUUCAGUCACCUGGAAAACAGUAUCAUUACAUAGUUGGUUUACAAACUCCCGACAUAAACCGAUCAAAUCACCAUGGCAACAAUUUAGUCACCUUCGUUUUAUAGCUAGUUCAGUCACCUGGAAAACAGUAUCAUUACAUAGUUGGUUUACAAACUCCCAACAUAAACCAAUCAAAUCACCAAGACACUAAACACUUAUCCAUAUUCUCCCAACUUGUCA